AUGAGCUUCUCAGUAUCACCAAUGAACCUAACCUUCGAAUCGAUCAAUUCUCCUGCAAUUAACAACACUUACCACUACAACAAUAGCAACGAAUUAUACAACAACGAAAGCACCAUCAAUGCAUCUUCUUACCACUCCACAAAUACCCACAACAACAACUAUCACAUAAUCAACAAAAUGCUGGAAAUACACAAUACCAGCACAGCUCUGCUGAAUGCCACCAAUCCAAGCCUAACCAAUUCGGAGUAUGAGCAAUUCGAGGAAAUGGAUGAACUAUCACCAGAAUUGCGAAAUUUCGUACGCAUUGUUGUACCCUUCUGUUUUGGCAUUUUUGCGCUGACCGGCUUCUUUGGCAACACACUUGUCAUACUGGUCGUUGUCUUCAAUCAGCAAAUGCAUUCCACAACAAAUCUGCUGAUCGUCAAUUUGGCUGUGGCCGAUCUGCUGUUCGUUGUUCUCUGCAUACCGUUCACAGCAACCGAUUAUAUAACCGAGUAUUGGCCCUUCGGUGAUAUAUGGUGUCGUUCGGUGCAAUAUUUGAUUGUGGUAACCGCAUUUUCCAGCAUCUAUACGCUGGUACUGAUGUCGAUCGAUCGCUUUUUGGCUGUUGUGCAUCCGAUACGUUCACGCCAAUUGCGCACCGAGAAAGUGACAAAGAUUGCAAUUGCAACGCUGUGGGUGAUUAUUUUAACGAUUUCCACACCAGUGGCGUUGGUGCAUGGCUUAGCGGAAUUGGAACCAUAUCCGAAUGUCACCUACGUAUUUUGUACAUUUUCGGAGAACAAUACGCUCAUCACCCUAAGCAACUAUCAAAUAAUAUUUUUCGCCGGCUCCUAUCUGCUGCCGCUAAUGGCAAUCAGUGGUCUAUAUGUGCGUAUGAUUAUGCGUCUUUGGCAUCAGGGUAAUGGCGUACAAAUGUCAGUGAAAUCGCAGCGUGGCCGCAAACGUGUUACACGUCUAGUUGUGGUUGUGGUUGUGGCAUUCGCUUCACUUUGGCUGCCCGUACAGUUGAUUCUGCUGUUAAAAGCGCUCGAGGUGUAUCAUUCGAAUACGAAAACCAAACUUUUGCUGCAAAUCAUCGCUCAAACGCUGGCCUACAUGAGCUCGUGCAUAAAUCCCGUAUUGUAUGCCUUCCUCUCGGAUAAUUUUCGCAAGGCUUUCUAUAAGGCUGUCCACUGCAAAGAGAGAUAUCGGAAUUACUCAACGGAUUUGCCGCCGCCUAGGCGUACAUCAUGCGCCCGCACAUCGACCACAGGCUUGUAAGCUAUCUGUCAGUAGCAGCAUUCGCUAGCCCUACUGCGGCGUGGCAACCAAAUGGCAAGGGAAAUACGCGAGACGUGAAAUGAGGUGCGACGUUGCGUAUGAGUAACAUAUAUAUGUAUGUACAUCCGUGGAAGCACAAAGAGGAUAAAGCAACGCUCCGCUGGCAAGUGAAAUGAUAAAUUAUGCUGACUAAAGCUGGAACCCCCAACGCCCAUUCAUAGUGUCAAUGAGCAGUGGUUAUUUGGAAAUGGAAUUAAACGAACAGAAAUUUAAUGUCAGCACACAAGCAAAUGAAUAAAUUUCUUAAGCUAAAAUAAAUCCGAUAAUAAACAGAAGCCGAGAAGAGAGCGCGCAAUAAAAACAAAGAAAUACAUAUACAAAACGAGGCAGUAAAAAAUAUUUUCAAGAAGCAAAAAUUUGGAAAGUGACAGAAAGUGAGUGAGAAGUGAAAGUGACGAACAAAGCAACAAAGAAACUCGCAAUAGCACAACUUUUUCUCUUUUCACUCGUUUUUCAUUUAUUUCUCGAAACUAAA